AUGCUGCUGCCUCCACAGCGCUCCCGCUGGAGCAUCACCGCCUGGACCCCACUGCCACCCGGGCACGGCCCCGCCGAUCCUGCCCCGCGCUCCGGCUGGCGAGAAGGCUUCGGCACGGCAGCGUUCGGGACGCUGGGAGGGAGCAGCGAAUCGCCGGGGAGGGAGGAGCCGGCUGGGGCCGCCCCGGGGCGGUGGCGCCUGAGGGGCCCUGAGGGGCGGCGGCUGCCCUUGCCCCACAGCGGGCACCGCCGGGCGGGCGGCACGGCUGUGCUGUGUGCCCCUCACCGCCGGGAUCGGGCCGUGCUGUGCUGUGUGCCCCUCACCGCCGGGAUCGGGCUGUGCUGUGCUGUGUGCCCCUCACCGCCGGGAUCGGGCUGUGCUGUGCCCCCCUCACCGCCGGGAUCGGGCUGUGCUGUGCCCCCUCACCGCCGGGAUCGGGCCGUGCUGUGCCCCCCUCACCGCCGGGCGGGUCGGGCACGGGCUGUGGUGUGCUGUGCCCCCCUCACCGCCGGGCACUCCGCGGAGCCGCCAGGGACAGGGCAGGCGCGGAGCCGCGGCCGCCGCCCCGCAGCCCCGCGGCCGCCCCGGCCCGCGGGAGUACUCACCGGCCGCGGGCAGCAGCGCCGGGCCGGCUCCCCGCACCCCGCGGGGCGAGGGGGUCCGGCCCAGGAUCGCGGGGGUGCCCGUGCUGGGGAGGCGCCCGCUGGUCCCAGGCGUUGCCCCGGCGCGCUGAGGGGAACGGCCCCGCGGCCGCUCAACCCCCGGGGGGCGGCGGCCACAGGCCGGGGCGAGGCAGCGCCGAUGCUGCUGCUGCUGCUGCUGCUCUGCCGUUGGAGCUCUCCCCGCUCCCGAAGCGGCACGGCUCCAGCCCGAACGUGCCUUCUUCGCUCGGCUGCUCUUGCUGAAGGCCUCAGAGCAGCCUGAGAAACAAAGGCAGGAUCAGUUGAAUGCAACCCAGCCCCGUGCACUCAUCCUUGUUUCAUCAGGCAAAACUCUGCUAAUGCCAUUGGAAAUGCUCCUGAUGACAUUAAUGAGGUCAGUACCUCACCCCAAUAGAUAUUAGCUUUAAGAGCUCUAUGGUGGCAAAGUAAUUUUUGAUAUUUCUGGCAUUUUUUCUGCUGUUUACCUUCCAGAACUAUUAUUCACUGAUCUGUAUUAUUCGCUUGACCUGUCUUUUGCUCAUGCCUUUUGUCAGGGAAGUGCUUUGGUUUUGUGCUACAGGAGGAGACUGGAGCUUCAAAGUCUCCAAAUCUGUAAUAAGCAAUUAAUUCUGGACACCUUCCUCUUAUAAAUGACUUCAGGAUUUGAAUAUAUAUACUAAGAUGUCAUUUUAUCAAAGUAUUCCCUAAUAUUUAGUAUCUUUCAAAUAUUUCUGUCAGCAACAUCAGUCUUGUUCAGUGAAGACACCUUUACCUUAAAUGCAGCAUACCCAGGUGGAGUUGAGUCUUUCUCUCAAACCUUUCUCCUAUAAGGAGAAAGUCAACAGCAGCAGAAAAAGCACGGAGCUGCCAGCUGAGGUGUUUGUCAGCUGAGGAACAGGUGCAGCUCAGCCCAGCUCACAGCAUUCUCUGGAUGCUUAUGAGAGGCAGCUCAUUUCCUACCCCACUGGCACCUUGCUGCAGAGUCUGCUCAGACACAGAGGCAGAACAUAAAACCAGAAAAUAUGUUUGCACUUGACUUGGACAAGAAAUCAUAAUGCACAUUCCCAGAGGUCAAGAAGCAUGGCCAACCUACAGCAGGGCACAACCUCAGUUGAAUUCAUAAUGCAGGUAACAGUGCAGCACAGAAGAAUGUCAGCUAGUUUUAAACAAGCCAUAUAAAGAGCUCUGGGUCUCUUUAGGCAUUUUGAGAAGGCAAGGUGCCUUGAAAUUAAGGGUCUAAGUAUCCAGUGCAAAUUCUCCAAACUGCUCUUUCUGGUUUUAUCUGGUACAAAACAUUAAUAGCUGCCAGAUGAAAAAUACUACUGCAAUUGAUCAAGAGGCCUGAAGCAGACAAAUGCGUGGUGCCUAUUCUGAACUUUCAACAGAGAUGGCCCAUAUAGGCUAGGUCUCUAAAAAGCCUGAAUUUCUCUUUCCCCAAAACAUCAGGGAUUAUGGUGAGUCAAAAGAAUGCCACUAAUUAACCAGAACUCUCAUUACAACCUCCUUCUUAGCUUUGUUACUCUGCUGUUUUGGCAUUACCAGUUGGAGUACUCCAGCUCCAAGCUCAUUGGCUGCCCAGUUUCUGCUGGAAGAGACAGGCUACACAAAUUGCCUAGAUUUUUUUUUCUUUCCCCAAUACAGUAUCUUUAGUCUGGUGUGAGCCGUCUGAAAUAUUGUAGAGCUUUAAGCAAAACCACACAACACUGAAGUAUGUUUAGUGAUGACAUGAAGUUGUGCAGAGGGGAUAAGUACAUGAGAAAGCAGAAGCUACAAAGACAUAGUAUCAGUGUAAGCAAACAGAAGACCAUUUAGUGAGGUUUCCCAUACAUAUCUCACAGAAUAACUAUUGCUUCAGAACAACUCCACAUUUACUACCAUAUUCACAAACAACAUGAAUCCCAAAGUCUCCUGGUUUAGGGAAAAUCUGUGAGAAAACCUCCAAAGGGGUUCCUCAGAAAGCAAAUUCAAGCGGCCCCUCCCCCAACUGGUUUGGGAGAAGAUUUACUUGGAUAAAAAAGUGGUAAAAAAUGUUUAUUUAACAGCCAAAGCACAAAAAAUGAAUAAUAUUAAACAAUAAAACCUCUCGCUGCUCUAAAAGAGAUGACAAACUCAGCAAGUCCCUUGGCGGGCUGUAGCUCAGCUCACUCAGUCUCUCAUCCAUCCCUCCGGCGCUGGAAAUGCCGCGGCCCAGCCCGGU